GGCGUACGGUGGUCCGGAUGGAUUUGCCCCGCGCAUUGUUUGGCGUCGGACAUCGAUGCGGAGGCCUGGGCAGUCUCCACGUUGAACAAGCAUGGCGCGGCCCACGAUUGCGAAGCGAGAGGGCGGCCGGGCUCAGAACGAGGCUACAAGAGGGUCCAAGAGAAGUAGGACUUGCAAUGCGGCACGUCAAGGAACCGAUACCUGUGUAUAUCCAAAAAUGGACAAGACCUACUAUCAAAUCACCGCCAAUAUCAAACGAGCAGCAAAUGCAAAACUACCAGGCAGACUCAUCGUAGGCAUUGCUGGACCUCCAGGAUGUGGCAAGUCAACCAUUGCAGAGCAACUUGUCAGGAACAUCAAUGCCUCAAGCACUCUCAAGGCACAGGCGGUGUCACUGGACGGCUUUCACAUCAGGCGCAGUGUGCUGGAUUCCUGGCCAAACCGAGAAGAGGCAUAUGUGAGGCGUGGAGCUCCAUGGACUUUCGAUGUCGACGCGAUCCUCAAGUUUGUGACGGCGCUUUCUCAAACAGCAGUAUUGCCAGCGGAACGAAGGCCGCAAUUUCUGGCUCCAUCUUUCGAUCACGCGCUCAAAGAUCCGAAAGACGCGGACGUCGUUAUUUCACCGGAGACUCCGAUAGUCAUAUUGGACGGUAACUAUCUGUUGUUGGACGAGGAAAAGUGGAGAGACCUCAGUCCGUGCCUGGACUACAAGAUCAUGGUGACUGUGGACCGCGACGUGACUCGAGAACGUGUUGCCAAGCGACACGUUCUUGCUGGCAUAGAGCCAACGCUGGAGAAAGGCUUCGAGAGGUUUGACCGGAAUGAUCAGAUCAAUGGAGAUCUGAUCCGGACAAGGAUGCUGCCAUGUGACAUGUUGGUGGAAUCCAUCCCCAUCGUGGUGUGAGCCGAGAUUUCGCCACGCGGCACACUGUUCUCCGGUCCGCACGGCACCUGACACCAAGCACCGACCGCUCCUGUUGAUCAUACACGGCUGGACGGAGUGCGGUGUCUAGUAGUGAUCAAUUGCCCUGCGGUAACCUCAUCCGUUCAUCACGAGGCUGUUCUUUGAC